ACGUGAAUAUUUUCAAACCUAUGCCGCUGGCUCUCGUUCUCGGGACAGCAUGAGAUGCUUAGCAUUGACCUAAUGUGCUUGGUAUGUGCAUCAGCACUUUUAUCCUACACUCAUCCCUCUCAACAUGUUGAACAGGGCACAAAUGAUGACCGUAGAGCCUCAUACGGCAACAGUCUCUUGUCUUGUGCGUGUGAAACCAUAUUGCGACAAUCUAGGGUUCCAGCAAAUACAAGUUCUUUAUUGUUCUCCUCGCCUGCUCUAAUGGCAGAUUCCAUGAAGAGUGUCCUGUCGCUACUCCAGAAUAUCCAAUCGCAGACUUCCGCAUCAAGGAGUCAGUGUUGUUGCCUGACUAUACACGUCAACUAUAGCACAUCAUCAGCACGACCAAUGUCCUUGUUGAAACCAGACGUAUACGUCUAUGUUCGAACCUAGCGCUUACGAGCAUGAGUCCAUUCGAGGGAAUAUAUCCUGAUAAUAUCUUCGUUGCAAUCCGGAGUUUGUGAUAUGCGAAGUUAGCCUGGAACCCAUGUUUUCCUGAAAGGUCUUAUGCAAGGCCAUGAAGAAUAAUAUAUUGGUGGGAGUAAUCCAUAAGAAUGCAUGUAACAGUGGUGUCUUGUCAUUAAUGACGCUGUGUUCAUAGCAGUUUGUGUGCAGAAUCUC